GGUAGGCAUUUGUGGUAUGGGGAUUUGUCCAUACAUGAUUUAUAUCAGAGCGGUGAACUCUAUAUAUCCCAGUUUAUAAUUGCAACUAAGAAGAAGGCAUCAACAAUCAGUAGGUCAGCAAUAAUCUUGUAACCCUGAAUGAUGGGUCUGAAAACCCUACGAUAUUGCGUGAUACUUGCAAUGUUGGGUGGAUGUGUCCUGCUGAUGAGACUGAGCUAUUUGUUAUCACUGUUGAACUCGCGCAAUGUUCCACCUCAUAGGGCAUCGGGACUGGCCGUAAACCCGGUUCUGGGGAUUCAGAGGUUUCCUGAAGGUUUUGGGAAAAGGCAAAACGAAGAAAAAGAAAAAGCUUUGAAUCAGCGUACAACAAAGACAACUACCAUGGCAUUUACUAAGUUAACCAGUAGCACUGACAUGACAACCACGACGCCUGCAACCAUGGAAACCAGAAAACAAGCUAUGACAACCAGGACUGUAUCUUACAACCAGUCGCCUGUUGUUCAUGCCGAUCUGAAACGAAAACUGACCACGCCAGGAACUAACCAGAUUUAUGACCGCCCGUGCACUGGAAAUAAAGUAUAUAAAGGACCCUGCACCUGUGUCAGAUUCCCCGACCAUGACUUGCCUGGUUCGGUGUUGUACAGUCUGGCAGGAUCUGGUAAUACGUGGACGCGGUUUUUGUUGGAACAGGUAUCAGGAUAUUUCACUGGAAGCAUGAACUACGACCCUGAUCUUAAAAAAGGAGGUUUUCGAGGUGAAUAUAGACAAGACAGCAAGGUAUUUGCCAUUAAAACCCACUCAGGUGUAAAUGAAACGCUUAAGAAAUGCCAGAAAGCCAGAGAUACGCCCAUUGCAAGAGCUGUUGUCCUCAUACGGGAUACAUUCAACGCCUCCAUGAGCGAGUUGAUGAGGAGGAUAACGCACGGCUCACACACUGACACGGGAAGUGAACUCUCGAUAACAGUUGUUAGACUAUAUCUCCGAGGGUUCCGAGAUGCUGGGAGCAAGCGUACAUUGGAAUGGAUUAGUCAAUCUAAACUACCAAUAUUUGUGCUACGUUAUGACGCACUUACAAACAACCUAGUCGAGGCUUUAAAGUCGGUAAUGGCCUUUUUACAAAUGCCUGUGAUCGAAGGACGAUUAGAAUGCAUCAAAAGGCACUCUGAGGGAAAGUUUCAUCGAGGUAAUAGAACGACGCCACGUUCAUCCAUUGUUAAAAUGAUUAGAAGCGUGUCGGAGCCUGCCGAUAAACUUGUCGAAGACACUUUGAAGCUAAGAUACAAAUCUUUUCCUAAUCUAACCUGUGGAUAUCUACACAAUAGUCAUAGCACGGUCAAAGGAAGUGCAUGUAACUUUUAACAUUGAUUUCGUUUAUGGUAUCAUUCUGCAUUGUAUACCACCUUUGACCGUGCUGCAAUUGAAAUUUUGAACAAUGACUUUUGUUUUAGGUCAACUAACUGAAAUCCAAUAUACAGCAUACCUGUUGGAAUAUUCAUUUGUUGCACGAGUGUAUCUAUAUGUAGAUAGCAACUUUGUUGUUGCCAUUCUCUUCACCACCGUAGACAGGGGAAGAGCAGCCGUUUCAGCUAAAGAUUUACACAUAGUAAAGAUCCACACAUUUUUUUUUGUUAAAAAAAAAAUAAAAAGAAAAAAACUCUGGUGUGUGGCGUUUUAUAAUA